UCGCGAACGAUUCAUUCCCACCCCUCGAGUGAAUGCCAGAGAGUUUCUUGAUGGCGACAGGGUUUGAUGGUGAUGCAGGAUAAGAAGAUGGAAUCUGAGUGAGUUGACCUGCAGUCAGUCAAAAAAAAAAAGAAAAGAAGAAACAGCAAAACAUUGUCAGAAUGGAUGAAUCCUUUGAUCCACUUAAGUGUAAUGAGGACCUGCCUUCAUCCCCUGGGUGCAACAUGGAUUAUGAUGACCUGCCAGAGUUGCAGGAGGUGGAAGAAGACCAGAGGUCUCCAGGGUUAUUUCAGGUUGCAGCCGGGGUGUCUCACCAGGAGCUCAGCUGCUCCCCCCGCACCAACUGGCUCACUGAGCUGGCCAACAUUGCCACCAGUCCUCAGAGCCCUCUGCUGAAGAACGCCCCACACAAAAGAUCUUCUCCAGUCCACAUCUUUGGCAACAGUAACAGUUUACAUUCCUACGCUCGGCCUCCAUUAGCCAGUAGCGCACCCAACCCGUCCCGGGGCUACCUCAGGGAGCGCAGGCGUGUCAGGGCCAGCAGUGAAUCAGAGUCUGGAGUUUUCUCGAUGUCCUCAUCUUUUUCUGAUGAUGAAGAUAUGGCCUGGUCUCACUCUUGGCCAUCCACAGCCUGGCAUGGCUUCCUCAAAGGAACCCGCCUGCGCUUCCACAGAGGUCCUAACGUGGAGUGGCAAGAUGCAGAUGAACUCAGAGACUCUGAUGAAGACUCAGAUGAUGAAACCAUGAUGCCGUCCUCCUCCUCUCUGAAGAGAUACGGCUCAGAGGGGCUGAAGUUGGUGAACCAUGAGGAGACUGUAUCUUUUGGCCAGGUAGUUCUUAAACUGACCUUUGACCCAGGCUCACCUGAUGAAGGCCUUUUAUCAGCCGAAUGCCGACUGGAUCACCCGUUUUUUGUAAAAAAUAAAGGGUGGUCUUCCUUUUAUCCGAGCCUUACUGUGGUGCAUCAUGGGAUCCCGUGCUAUGAGAUGCAAUUGGGCGAUGUGUGUCUGCCACCAAACCACCCAGAUGCCAUUAACUGCGAUGACUCUGUUGUCUUUGACACCUUCAGAAGUUACGACUUCACCCCACUAGAUUCCUCAGCCGUGUAUGUUCUCAGCAGCAUGGCUCGUCAGCGCAGGACGUCCCUUUCUAGUGGGGGGGCUGUCAGUCCGGACUGUGAUAAACUCGAGCGCUCCUGCUCUCCACAAUCCUCCACAAACAAAUCACACAGGAGCAACACCUCAGGGACAGCCAUUGCUGCCACACCCACAAAAUGCAAGCGGCCAAUGAAUGCCUUUAUGCUCUUUGCCAAGAAGUACAGAGUGGAGUACACACAGAUGUAUCCUGGGAAGGACAACAGAGCCAUCAGCGUCAUCCUUGGUGACAAGUGGAAGAAGAUGAAGAGUGAGGAGAGGAGGAUGUACACCAUGGAGGCCAAGGCUCUGGCUGAGGAGCAGAAGAGACUCAACCCGGACUGCUGGAAACGUAAAAGAACCAACUCAGGUUCACAGCAGACCUAGAUAAUCCCCCUCACCCCCAGCUGUUGGUGUUUUGGCAUGGCGAGGUGCCGGACAGAGUCUGAUGGACCGCUUGAUGCCUCUUUGCUCUUCUGUAUUUUCAAGACUCGACUGUGAUGCUGAAUUCACUCGCUUUUUUUUUUUUUUUUUUUGUAACCUUGAAACAAUAUUAGAGGGAAAA